AUGUAUAAGCCUGACCUUAGAACCACCAGGAGUCCACCACCACAGAAGCGACAGAAGCAAUCACCGCUCAACACGUUGCCUAUUACAGCCAACAAAGAGCUAUCGGCGGCUCAGACGCCGCUGGCACCCAAGCCAAAUACCGAGCCCCUUCAACCAUCGUCUCCUCCUAAUCCGCGCAAGCGCAGAGCUUCUAGUCCGAAAUUGAACACUUUGCCCCCGGGAACGACCUUGCCUCAAACUUCGGAGUCGACAUCGACGACUCCCAGCGUUUCUAUACCGGCCAUGCUUAGCGAGGAUACCGGAAAGAAACGGGGUCGGACCAAUACGCCCUGGACCGCUCAGGAGGAGCAGCGCUUGAAGCAGAUGCGAGACGCGGGUCAUGGUUGGAGCGAGAUCGCCAAGGCUUUCCCUGCGCGGACUGAAGGCAGCGUCAAGAAGCACUGGUACAAGGAUAUGCACUACGCAGAAUUCGCAGAAGAUGAGACGGCAGCUCUUCGUGAAGCCAUCAAAGAGUACGAGGCGAACAAGUGGAAGGUCAUCGGGCAGAAGCUCGGCAAGCCAGCAAAGGUACAUCCUCUCCACUGUGAUCUUGCCUAG